CAGAGAUCGUGGUGACGGCGAACAAACAAGCGGACUCUACCUCAAAGGCAAACCAACGCCAUACAAAAACAUGUGAAGCGGGCCACCUAAUUCUGGUUUGCAGAUCCCACUGAUUAUUUUCCUCUCCCCUGCUCGUCUUCAUUGUCUUCAUCUAUCUAUGUAUGCUAUAGAGGAGCCUUCCAGAAGUCGGGACGACCCCGACGUCCCGACAUACCGUCCUAUGUCCUCGUACUACUACACCGACACCGACAUCGUGGAGCAUUCCCCUGCUCCCGAUGCGCGCAAUUUUCGUGUGAAGCACAUGGCCUCCCGGCACGUCCAAGAAUACAGUGAUCAUCAUAUGGAUAACCACUUGGACGGCCCAAGACAGAUGCUGUCCCUCAAUGGCCCUCGUCAGUACCCUGUCGCCUCCGAUGUCAGGCUUGCCUCCUCGAGCUCGUCCUUUUCUCUUUCAGCCGAUGGUUCCCACUCAUACUAUACGACUGUUUCCAAUCAUUCCGAAUACUCGGCCAAUAUCGACGAUCCGCCAAACUUGGUCCCUGCUUCUGCAACCGUGCCCCGGAGUCGACGCGGUAAUUUCUCUAACACCGUCGACACUUCUGUCUCUGAUCUCCAACGUAUCGGCUAUGGCUAUGUGCCUAUGCCUGAGUCCGCAAUUACCGACCGUGCCUAUGACUCGCCCGAAACUUGGUCCCCCCAGGCUCCUGAUGUGUCCCCUCCCACUGCCGAGCCGUUGAAGCCUCGCAAGCCUCGACGUGAAAAACCGCGCAUUUCCCUAGCUCCUGACCAGCCGCCUACCACUCAGGGCAAACCCCGGGCAAGGGUCUAUGUCGCAUGCAUCCAAUGCCGAUCACGGAAAAUACGUUGUGACGGCGCAAAGCCUGUAUGCCAUAACUGUGGUCGUCGAACCAAUGGCUCCAACGAGUGCACCUAUGACCCUGUGCCAAAACGGCGCGGGCCUGACAAGACUCCCGGAGCACGACAGCGCAUGGCUAGAGAGCUCAAAAUGGAAUUGGAAAGGGAAAACGGCGGGGCCUCACACCGUCGUCGCCGGCGCACAGACUCCAUCGCCCACAAAUCUAGCGCUUCUCCGACUUCCGCUAAUCUUUCCGACUCCGCUCGUAGUCGCAGCACCUCUCUUUCCAGGCUACCUCUUUCAGCUUCGCUGUCCUCUCCAUCUUCUAGCGACCACAUGAAUUCGCCUGGCGGCUUUGGCGACAUGUCCCGACCGCAACCCCCUUAUGUGGCUGUUAUGAAUGGAUGCGCUUGCCAUAGCGUACACCCUUGUCCUCUGGAUAUCGUUCCUAAUGACGUAUACUUUCCCAAGACAGAGACGAUAGAUAGCUCCGGUUUCAUGGCCCAGUCCAACGAACCUGAGAAUAGUAUCGUCCAACGAGGGUUCUUUCAACAGGGUUAUAGCAGUAGCAAAGACCCACAAGUUCAAAAUAUUUCUAAUCAACCCUCUAGUGAAUUUACGCGGAAGACUUGGUGGGAUUCACUACUGUCCCUUUACCUCUCCCCGCCCUCUGAUUACCAGCAGACACACUCUCGUUCAGAUCGCGACCUCGCCGCACAGACUGUCACUGCCGAUUUACGUUUUCUAUUCCGUUCGUCCAAUUAUUGGUUUUCGUUUUUUCAUCUACCUACAUUUUUUGGCAAUUAUUUUGAUCCCAUACGACGACAAAAUCUUCAACCUAGCCUUGUUCUUGCAGCUCUCGCCGUAUCCACAUUUUGGCAAAGCUCGGAGGUUGGUUUGGGGAGGGAUGGUCGGGAUCGAGCUCUGCGCCUUAGAGAUAAGGCCCAAAGUGCGCUUGAGUCCAGCUUCAAUUCGGGUUGGAUAGAUGAGACUUUAGCUCAAGCUGCAUGGCUCCUCGCUUUAUUCGAGGUCUGCGCUCAUCCCAAACAUACGAGGGAGCGGUCGGUCUCAUCUCUCGUUAUACUCGACUCUUAUAUUCGAAGCCUCUCUUUAACGUUUGUAGACGCGGAUGACCCCCAGACUUCCCAUUUCACGCCCGGGGCUGUCCCGUCAGUAGCACAGAAACUCUCUGGCCAGGCUUACCACACUCCAUAUACAUCAGCAUCCGAAUCUCAAUACCUUCAUCAUGAUCACCAUUCCUCUUCGCCGCCGAGUAGUCCUACAGAAUGUGUAUGCACUUCUCUCAGCCUCGAGGUCCACUAUCCUGAAACUCUAGAACACGCACCCUUGUGGGCUCACACCCCGGCCUGGAAUUCCCAUUGGUCAGAGGGUGAUAUCAGAAGGGAAUCAUGUCGUCGUCUCUGCUGGAGUGCAUUGAGUCUCGCAGCAGGGCACAUCGCAUAUGCCAACGCUAAUAACCACCGGGGACCUGAUUUAUUCAUCAGCGACCCCUCUAAUUACGCCCUGUUGUUUUCGGGUGAAUCGAUAACCCGAUCUCCCUCUCUCUCUUAUAACACCCCCAAGGAUACCAUAUGGGCACUAUUUGAUCGAUCGUUUCUUCUGUGGCAUGGAUGCGUUCGGAUGCGGCAUAAUCACGGGGCGACAGAAGCUGAACAGGCUCAGUUUACAGUAAAAGCCUGGCUGGAAGCUGACGCCAUCGAGGCCAAUCUUAAUCGACACACUUGUGCUAUUGAAAGAUCAUUCAUUUUCCAAGCACGGGAAUAUAUAUUCAAUACUAGAAUGUGUAUAUCGUACGAAUUCCAGCGUUUCAUUCCGCUCAUUUCGACGGAUGUUAAUGGGUUGAUACAUCGCGAGAAGGCUGAAGAGUGGCUGACACACCAGUCCACCGUCGCGCAACGUUACAUGUUUGGCCUACACGCUGUCACCGGUAACGCCAACAACCACUUGGCUCGGAGGCCAUUCUUUGUGUUCUGGUUCAUGAGUCAAGUGUUGUCUGCUAUGACCUUAUGGCAAUAUGACAAUUCCUUGACAAUAGCCCUGGACGUUUGCAAAGCUUUUUUGCCUGCGAUUGAUUAUCUUACCACGCUCUGGCCCUGUUCGGAGCAACGCCGUAGGUACGAUGGUCUUCGUGAACGGCUUAGCAGAGCAUGUCAUAUUGCCGGACUUGCGCUUCCACCUAAAAUCAACCUCGGCCUACCCACCCUUUCGAGUGAUGCGAUCUUGUAGGACAGUCAGGUAUUUAUUUACGGACGAUUUGUAUGUAUCUCUUCGUGUACACGUUACUGUUGGGAUGGGACGAUAUGAUAUAGAAUUUCGAAGCUUGUAGGUGAAAGAAAUGAUUGCAACUACCCAAUUUGGCUAUGUAGCAUUAAGA